AAAAUUGAAUAGAAAUAUAAUCAAUUAGUUAAAAUGGUUCCAAAUACAACAUUGUACGCUUCGAGGACAACUAUGAGUACUCAUGUGAACGGAACAUUGGGCUUCAAUACGUCAUUUCUUGUGCCGACAUAUAUAAGUCAAGAAGAAUUCUUUGCGCUGCAGAUGACGAACACAUCUGACGCAAACACGACUACAAACGAUACGAUAAUAAACCAAUUGAUAUUAGAGACUUGGUACCCAAGUGGUUAUUCACCAGCUCAUAUAAUAAUAGCAUCUGUGGUUGUGACAGUGUUAAUGAUUAUGGUGGUGGUUGGUAAUAUGUUGGUAAUCAUCGCGAUAGUGACAGAAAAAGCGUUAAAGAACAUACAAAAUUGGUUCAUAGCGUCAUUAGCUGUGUCAGACUUCUUCCUAGGGCUUGUGAUAAUGCCGUUCUCUUUAGCUAAUGAGCUGAUGGGUUACUGGAUUUUCGGUUUCUGGUGGUGUGAGAUACAUUCCGCGAUGGAUGUGCUGUUGUGUACCGCCUCUAUUAUGAAUCUGUGCCUCAUAUCGUUGGACCGCUAUUGGAGUAUAACUCAGGCGGUGGACUACCUAAAGAAGCGUACACCAGCGCGUGCGGCGCUCAUGAUAGCGGCUGUGUGGCUGAUGAGCGCGCUGGUAUGCAUUCCGCCGCUGCUCGGCUGGCGGGUUACCAGACCACCAGAGCAGUUCCCCCAGUGCAAGGUAUCAGACGACAUCGGGUACGUGAUAUACUCAGCACUGGGCAGCUUCUACAUCCCGUCCUGCAUUAUGGUGUUCGUCUACAUCAGGAUAUACUAUGCGGCGAAGGCUCGCGCCAGAAGAGGCAUUAGGAAAAACCCAAGGCCCAGGCCUAAUGAACAGCAGACAAGUUUUUCAAAUCCCAAAGGCACGCGGCCAAUGCCUACCUCAUCAUCUCUACACAUGCCAUCAGGUGUCGACACCAACAACUCUAAUAACAACAGGGAGGGUCAGAUAUCAACGAUAGAGACGCAGCAAGUGCCGAUCCCGACGGUGACGUGCGACUUCGCAUCAGACAUUUCUACGAGUGAGGCUGGUGACCCCGGACCACAGCAGGACGACAGGAAGGACACGCUCAAGGUGGUUACAUGCGCACAAGUGACAAGGAAUCCGCUUGCAGCGUGUCCUUACAGAAGUUCAACAUUAUCAGUCAACGGCGAGUUACAGCUUCAGCAGUCACAACGAGGCAGAGCACCAAGUAUGGCUAUAGAUACGGACAUGGUUUCAGAACUAGAACCAUCAUCUUCUGACUCUGGGGUAGCCACGCGGUGCGCUGUAGUAAAACCUUUAAAAUUAAGAAUAUGUCAACCGAUAUUCGGUAAAAAAUCAGAUUCAACAAGAAGGCAAGAGAAAUCACAGCCAACAAAAUCUGAACUAGAACCCGCGCUCCCAAAGCAACAUAAACCUAGAGACCCAGAGAGAGAGAAAAGAAGAUUAGCUAGAAAGAAAGAGAAGAGAGCUACUUUGAUAUUAGGUUUAAUAAUGGGUAGUUUUAUCGCUUGCUGGCUGCCUUUCUUCUUUCUUUAUAUCCUUAAAGCCGCGUGUAGAUGGUGUGUUAUACCAUCUAGUGCAUUUGCUAUCGCCUUUUGGUUAGGUUACAUGAACUCUGUAUUGAAUCCAGUUAUUUAUACUAUAUUUAAUAAGGAUUUCAGAAGAGCCUUCAGACGGAUACUGUUCAAGUGA